AAAGAAAAGAAAGGGGAAAGAAGGCAAUUUUAUAUUUACUCAUUGCUGUCUGUGCAGUUGGGAUUGUUGGCAGUUAUCUCCAUUUCGAAGCAGGAUUUUGAAUUUUCAGGCUGGAUACAGAGAAGCUGAAUGCAAGGGAAAUGUCAAACACUCCAUUGCUGUAGCAGAAAUAAAGAGGAAGCCAUAUCUGAAACCAACAUGGCAAAUGAGAGUUUUGCUGAUGCAUUGCAGAGACUAAAAGAGAUUCAUGACAAGGAGCUACUGGGUACGCAGGCAAAACUUUCAGAACUCACAAUGGAAAAGAGCCGGCCCACUGUAACCACAAAUCAUUAUAAAUUUCUGGAAGCAUACCCUGCUAUCAGGACACCCUCCAUACAGCUGAAUGACAGUGAUGCACAGAGAAUUGAGGAGCUGUUUUCCAAGAACCAUCUACUGCGGGAACAGCACAAGGUGCUUAAUGAAAAUAUCAAAGUGCUGGAGAACAGGUUAAGGGCUGGCUUGUGUGACAGAUGCACAGUGACACAGGAGCUGGCCAAAAAGAAACAGCAGGAGUUUGAGAAUUCUCACUUACACAGCCUGCAGCAAAUCUCUGUCCUCGCCCAUGAAAUGAAAAGUUUAAAAGAAGAAAACCGAUGCCUUCUGGAGGAGCUGAAGAAGCUACAAUGUCUGGACAACAAACAUCACCGAUCCUUUUCCCCCGAUAUCAAAGCUGCACCAGACUCCCCACAGACACUUUCGGACUCCAUAACUCAGAAAAACGGUGUGGAGAAAACAAGUAAGGAGGAAAAGUUAGAAGAGCAUGUGCCUGGCCAUCAGGAUUCAGAAGAGAAAUAUUCUGUGGCAGCCAAACUCUCUCCAGGAGGAAAAACAUCUCAGAUCUCAGGCACGGAGACUCACUUCCAGGAAACUCAUUUGCCCAUGACACAGAAGAUAUUCCUAAGCUCACUGAACCAGCAGAAAAUCUCCAAUCAGCUUCACGGGACAAUUGCGGUGCUGAGGCCGGGUUUCAGAAGCGGCCGUGCUGGAAUACCACCCUCCCUUAAUAAACAGGCUUCAACCAAUGAAAUGUAUUCCAAGGGAAGUGGUGUGGAUUCCAAUAAUGCUUCAUCACAACUUGAAUCUCUGAAACAUGAUAUCCCAAAAGAACAAAUGUGUUUACUGCAACAGCAUCUGGCACAAAGGCGGCUUGGACCACAUGCUCCCGUAGCCAUCGGAGAUGGUCGCUGCAUUAUAAGCAAAGGUCAAGACACAGAGGCCACAAAGAAAGUUUCCCAAGAUGACUGGGAUGAGAGAGUAGUGAUGGCCGAGCUCCAUGGAGCUAUGAUGUAUCUGAGAGACCGUGGAUUUAGAGGAAGGGUGAUACACCCUGACCAGAGAGACAGGCUUAAUUACAUUCUCACCAGACAACACCAAGGACAGAGGUCACCAAAAUCCCCAGGCAAUGUGCCAGCUUCUCAGCAAAGAGACAGCAUUGAUGAAAGAGAGUUGUCACUGUUCCAUAUGCUCAGCGCUCACUGGAAGAACAAGCAACAUGAAAGCCAGACUGAUGAGAAGGGACUGGAAAAAGAACCAAAGUAUGAAGGACAUGAGAAGAGGGAACAAGAAGAGCCAACUCCAGAUAAGCCCCUCGAUCUAUCUGAUGCCAGAAGAGGGCAGCCAAGCUAUUGGUCUGGCAGCAAAGGGGAACAGAGGGGGACACAUGAAGGGUUUAGCAUUAGCCCGACUUUCACUAAUAACUUCUGUCCUCAAGCCAUGAAUACUGAUGUAAGGGGUUCAGAAGACAACAGGUUAUCGACAAGUCUGGUGAAGGAAGAAAACAUUUUCUCCCAGGACGAAAGCACCAUAGAUAUAAAAAGGAAUUCUUCCCCUUCCACUGACAAAGAAAGAGAUGGAAUAUGUCACAAAAGAUUAACAAGGGGGCAUAAAAGAGAAAGAUCUCUGGAACCAGAUAUGGAAGAAGAGCAUGACCCAGUGAAUGAUGUGCAAUCGCCCCAAAUGGAUUUGGAUGAAAUGGAAACAUCAGACAGUGAGGCUGAAACAGAAAGCACACACCUUGCAGUGAGCGAAGGUCAGCGCGAUGGCUUCAGCAAGGACGGGACAAAUCAGAAAAACAAAUGGAUCAAGAAAGGCAAUCGAGGUGCAGCAUCAAGCAAAUCUAUGAAAAGAAAGAAGAAAGCUCUUCCAACAGAAAGCAACACCUCCCAAGAAUAAUCAUUCACCAGUAAGAGAGUGCAUUAAAGAUACCUCGUGGGCAAAAAGAUGACAUGAGAGAGACCCACUGAUGCAAGCAGGAAGACUUACCUUAACUUAUAGAAUGAGAACAUAUAAUUAGGCCAAAACCAGGCCCCUAUGUAUAUAUGAAAUGCUGAACACUACUGGCAGUGUCUUAGUCUGUAUGGAUAAAAUAACACAUUGGAUGGGUCAUUCAUCAAUGUAGUGCAAAGAAGGACUAUGUGAACUCUUAUAUGAUGUAAGUGUCCACGCCUGUAUAUAUUCGUCAAUUCAAUUCAAAGCGAGACUUUGGAAACCACACAGCCAUAGUUACAUUUACAGUUUGCUUCCUUUGGUGCAGUAAGAAGAUAGAGCUUAGUAUGAGCACUGUGCAUUUCUUCUUUGCCCAUGCACAAUGUGGUAGCUCCCAAUUCAAAUGUGAGGAAAGUUAACAAGGGUCCCCAUAAACUAUUGCUAUCUCAUGAUUCAUGAAGCGCUUAUAUACUUGUGCACCCUCCCAUAACCUUGGCAGUGCACACAGAUCCUAGAUUACCAAGUGGAACAGUUAAUUGUAACAACAAAAGAAGCAGUUUAAAGUGCUCAAAUUCCUUCAUCCUUUCACCAGUACUUAAAGUUAUUGCUUUUAUUCAUGGAAGGGGAAUGCCACCCCCAGUGGCCCUUUCCCCUUCUCUCACCUGAGCCGAAAACAGAUAACCAAUAUCAGUCUUCCCUGGUCUCUGAUGAUAUAUAGGUGACCUGGCAGAUCCAUGUGUCAUUAAAAAGCAAUGGCAACUAUAAUGUACCUGUUGAACAGAUAGGAAUCCAUUCUGCUCAUUCUCUGACAUUUACACAUAAAAUAUUAUCUUAGUGAGGUGCAUAGGCGUACAUAGUAUAACAUAGUGACAUAUCCUUAUACUGGUACCAUCUUGCCUUCCUAUAUAAAUAAUUUCACAGUUACAGCUCAUUACUCUGACACCAUCUUGCCUUAUUAUAUCCACUGCACCCCAGAAAACAGAUAAACCCAUGCAAUGCUUUUUUUCCAGUUGCAUAUGCGUUAUGUCAGGGCCCCACAGAUUGUAGCAUACUUGUAUCCUCUCAGCUCAGAGCAUUUUUCUGAUAACAGCUCCUGUUCUUUGAAGCACUGAAGCUUAAGCUGGCCAUACACGCAAAGAUCCGAUUGUAUGAAUGGAGGAUUUGUACGAUUUUCGGACCGUGUGUGGAGAGUCCCGUCAUUUUUCAUCCGGCGGAGAUCGUCGUUUGGUCGAUC